UUUAAGCGCUGCUACCGCUUCUUCUGGCACUUUCUAAUUUUCAAUCUCCAAAAAACACAGAGAAACCCUAACUCACUCACCCAUCUUCAUUCGAUUCACUGAUCUCGCCAUACGCCUCCAUUUUCACUCUUUUUCUUCUACGGCCAUGCAAUCUCCGGUUUUCGUUCUCAAGGAUUCAGUCAAUCGUGAAUCUGGAACUAAGGUUCAUCAUGCAAACAUCCAAGCCUCUAAGGCCGUGGCUGAUAUUAUCCGCACAACCUUGGGCCCAAGGUCCAUGCUAAAGAUGCUUCUUGAUGCUUCAGGAGGAAUUGUUGUCACUAAUGAUGGGAAUGCCAUUUUGCGAGAAUUGGAUAUUGCUCACCCAGCUGCAAAGUCCAUGAUUGAACUUAGUCGCACACAGGAUGAGGAAGUUGGUGAUGGAACUACAUCCGUCAUUGUUCUUGCUGGUGAGAUGCUUCAUGUUUCGGAAGCGUUCAUUGACAAGAAGUAUCAUCCUACAGUUAUUUGCCGAGCUUACAACAAGGCUCUUGAAGAUGCUCUUGCUGUGUUGGAAAAGAUCUCCAUGUCGAUUGAUGUGAAUGAUCGUUCAAUGAUGCUGGGUUUGGUAAAGAGCUGUAUCGGCACAAAAUUUACCAGCCAAUUUGGGGAUCUAAUUGCUGAUCUAGCACUUGAAGCAACAACCACAGUUGGUGUUGAUCUAGGCCAGGGAAUAAAAGAAGUGGAUAUCAAAAAAUACAUUAAAGUUGAAAAAAUUCCUGGUGGUCAGUUGGAGGAUUCUAAGGUCCUCAAAGGUGUUAUGUUCAACAAAGAUGUAGUCGUCCCAGGUAAAAUGAAAAGGAAAAUCAUAAACCCCCGUAUCAUCUUACUAGAUUGCCCUCUGGAGUACAAAAAGGGGGAGAAUCAAACAAAUGCAGAGUUGGUCAGAGAAGAGGAUUGGGCCGUACUGUUAAAAAUGGAAGAAGAGUACAUAGAAAACCUCUGUGUACAAAUACUUAAGUUCAAGCCUGAUUUGGUAAUCACUGAGAAGGGGCUUAGUGACUUGGCAUGCCAUUAUUUCAGCAAAGCUGGUGUCAGUGCUAUUAGGAGAUUAAGGAAAACAGAUAAUAAUAGGAUUGCCAAGGCAUGUGGAGCCGUUAUUGUUAAUAGGCCCGAUGAACUUCAAGAGUCGGAUGUUGGGACUGGAGCUGGGCUAUUUGAGGUUAAAAAGAUUGGUGACGAGUUCUUUGCAUACAUUGUCGACUGCAAAGACCCCAAAGCCUGCACAGUUCUGCUUCGAGGUGCUAGCAAGGAUCUUCUAAAUGAAGUUGAGCGAAACUUGCAGGAUGCAAUGUCGGUUGCUAGAAACAUCCUGAAGCAUCCAAAACUUGUUCCUGGUGGUGGUGCAACUGAGCUGACAGUUUCUGCUACUUUGAAGCAGAAGAGUUCAUCGAUUGAAGGCAUUGAAAAGUGGCCAUAUGAAGCUGCAGGUGUAGCAUUCGAGGCUAUAGCACGAACAUUGGCCCAGAACUGUGGUGUCAAUGUUAUUCGGACAAUGACUGCUCUUCAGGGCAAGCAUGCAAAUGGUGAAAAUGCCUGGAUAGGGAUUGACGGGAAUACAGGUGAAAUUGCUGAUAUGAAAGAAUUAAAGAUUUGGGAUGCUUAUAACGUGAAGGCACAAACCUUCAAAACGGCCAUUGAGGCUGCUUGUAUGCUUCUUAGAAUUGACGAUAUUGUCAGUGGAAUAAAAAAGAGGCAGGCUCCUGGGUCCAGCCAACCAUCUAAACCCACUAUUGAGACAGAAGGGGAUGCUGAUAAUGAGCAGAUGAUUCCUGAGUGAAAAAAAUGAUCCCCAUUAAAAGUUGUUUUAGCUUUGUGGGCACGUUUUUCACUUGGAUCAUUAGCAAUCUUUUGUAUUAUGGCUAUCCAAAAUUUUGUUCAUUAUUUUGCGCUAGGGGGUGCUGUACUUUUCUUCUUUUUUCUUUUGACCGCUUGAAUCUCGGUGUUUGCAUUUCAUUUGUACUGUUUGACAAUUGACAUUGUAUAUUAGGUUAGUGCUAGCAAUUUGUAUUCCAUAUUACGUGGGUUUCAAUGUUCUGAAACAAUGAUAAUGCAAACGCAUGUAUGCGGUUUCUUUU